CUUAUGGUGCCCGUGCCAUGCCCAGCUAGAACAAGACCACGGGGGAAAAAAUGCAGCGCCAUUUGAUGACGUUUGUAGUUCACCUUCCAUUGUGUAAACUACAAUUCCCGCGAGCCCCUUGUGAUGAACCGGUGAUUACAGUGCAAAAAGGCAACGUAGCACAGAUGAUUAGUGCGGCUAAUGAGUUUGUGCCAUAGGAUUAAGGUAUAAUGCUGCCAACAUGUCUGUUACCUCUAUGCUUCGUGAACGCAUAGCUAUUGCUAAAGAGCUGAUGAAAAGAGCUGAAACCCUCUCAAGGUCUCGAGUUGGAGGUGUGGAAGGAGGAGUAAAAUUAUGCAGCAAGUUGAAAGCAGAAUUAAAAUUCCUGCAAAAAGUAGAAGCUGGCAAAGUAGCCAUUAAAGAGUCACACCUUCAAAGCACCAAUCUCACUCACCUAAAAGCUAUCAUUGAAUCAGCAGAAAGCCUGGAAGAGGUUAUUGGCGUUCUUCAUGUCUUCAGCUACAACGACCAGUUUGGUGAAAAGCAAACUCUGGUAGUGGAUGUUGUAGCAAAUGGUGGUCAUACUUGGGUAAAAGCUAUUGGACGGAAGGCUGAAGCUCUACACAACAUAUGGUUAGGUCGUGGUCAGUAUGGGGACAAAAGUGUCAUUGAACAAGCAGAGGACUUUUUACAAGCAAGCUGCCAGCAACCUGUACAGUAUAGCAAUCCCCAUAUCGUAUUUGCUUUUUAUAACAGUGUUUCCAAACCUAUGGCUGAGAAGUUAAAAGAUAUGGGCAUCUCUGUACGUGGGGAUAUAGUUGCUGUUAACACCAUGCAGGAAUAUCCACAGGAUGAGAAUUACCCAAGUGGCAGCGAAUCAGAUGAUGACAGCUCAGAGCUUCUAGAAGUAAGCAAAGUUGACAGAGAAAAUAUAGUUGCCAGUAUUGCUUUCCCCACGGAGAUCAAGGUAGAAGUGUGCAAUCGAGUGAAUUUGGACAUCACAACAUUAAUUACUUAUGUAUCUGCCCUCAGCCAUGGAGGCUGCCACUUGAUCUUUAAAGAAAAGGUUUUGACAGAGCAAGCAGCCCAGGAAAGGCAAGAGAAGGUGCUUCCAAAGUUGUGCUCAUUCAUGGAGGGAAAGGAGCUAUUUGCCUCUGAAUGUGCUGUAAAGGAUUUUCAGUCCAUAUUGGAAACCUUGGGUGGACCAGGGGAGAGGGAGAGAGCUGCAUCUCUUAUAAAGAGGAUCACUGUGGUUCCAGACCAGCCUUCUGAACGUGCCUUAAAACUAGCUAUUAGCUCGAAAAUUAAUUCCCGCUCUAUUUCAAUUUUUGGAACUGGGGACACCUUAAAAGCCAUCACAAUGACUGCUAACAGCGGUUUUGUCAGAGCUGCAGCCAACCAGGGUGUCAAGUUUAGCGUAUUCAUUCACCAGCCUAGAGCACUAACUGAGAGCAAAGAAUCUUCAGCUACCCCGUUACCAAAGAAUUAUGCAUCUUCAGAUUUUCUCUGACUGUAGCUUAAUUACUACAGCCAUAGUAAAACUUUACAAAGUCCCUUAACAGUUCUUGUGUUCAUUGGGUAAUCACUAAAUGUAAAAGCAUAUUUAGUAGAAGAAUAAAAUGGAUAUGCUGUCAAGUUUUAUUUUUUUAAUGAAGUGCUAUAAAUAUCUUUAUGGAGUAACAAUAAAAGUGUUAAGGGA